AUGCAGAGCACUAAUGCCUGUCUCGCCUGCCGCAAGGUCAAGAUGAAGUGCUGCCCCGGCAGCCCGGGGACAGUCAAGUGCGACCGUUGCGCGCGCAAGUCCCUCGAUUGCGUUUUCAGGAAGCACCAUCGAGGGCGCAAACCAGGCACAAGGCUGAGGCGAACAUCAGCGGUGGCUGCAUCUUCUCUCAGCCCAGAUCAGGUGGCAGAUGAUGGCUCGCCGGUCCCGGAAGAAAAGAACAACUUACAGCCGUCAGGCUUGUUGAACAUUGAAGCAGUCAAGGGGAGGUUCUCUCUCCGGAAUAUCCUCAGUGCAAGCGAUGAGCCAGACGAGCCUUUGGCCGAUCUUCCUGACCCAGAUGAAGACCCCAUUCACCUUGGGCUCGUCAAUUCUUCAGUUGCCAAGUCGCUUUUUGACAGCUUCAUGAUUGUUCUGAAUCCAUACAUCUGCCAGCUGGAUCCAAUCCUCCAUACCUUUCCGCUUGUCCGACAGAAAUCCGCAUUCUUGUUCAGUGCUAUCUUAACCAUGUCGGCAAAGGCUUUCAACCCUGUUAUCUACGGGAAGCUCUAUGACCACGUUCAAGACUUGUUUACAAAAAGCUUCCGUCGCGGCACUAAAUCCACUGAAACCGUACAAGCGAUCCUGAUCCUUACAUACUGGAAGGAGCCGCAAGAUAGUCGGGUCUGGACGUCAGUUGGGCAUGCAAUCCGCUUGUGUUUUGAUAUGGGAUGGCACAGAUUAACGCCGUACUCUCCCCAACGGCAGGCCUUAGGGACGGAAUCGACAAGGAGGGUCUUGCGGAACAUCGAAAGAACCUGUAUAAGUCUCCAGACCGGGAAGCCUUGGAUGAUCGAAUGCGAUGACUUCAUGGAGUCAAUUGAAGCCUGGUCCAGCGACCCCAUGGCCAGUGAUAACGACCUCCUUCUCGGCUCCUUCGUCACCCUUCGGCUAGUAACGUCUGCUGCCUUCACAUUACUUAUACCGCGGCCUCACCGUCCCAAACCCACAGGGAACGACGUCAAGCGUCUCAUUAGCCUGUUGAGUGGCCGGAUCGACAGAUGGGAGAACCGCUGGGCCCAGGCUAUCGGAACCAAGAGCGAGACAGAGGAGCAAAGCUGCCACCAGUUCUUGAUUCGCUUUUACGGCACCCAUCUUCGGCUGCAGCUUCACUCUCUGCCCUUGCAGGGGAUGCUAGGGUCGGGCGAAUCCGAUGUGACACUGCACCUUGAUACAAUAUGGGUUGCCUACAGGAGCGCCAUGAGUAUGCUGCACUUGAUCUCGCACUACUCGGCUCACCUGUACUUUGCUCAAGACUCGAUUCACGUCAUGACUGCGUAUAGCGCUGCCUUUUUAGUCAAGGUCAUACUGUCCCCAGAGUACCAGUCUACCUUUCUGCUCGUCGCUGAUUUUUAUAUCUAG